UCCAAUAAUGCAAAACAGUACUACUUAAAGUAACUCAAUACAUUUUGCAGGUCAGAUCUUUGUGUGUAUCUUUGUGUAUUUUUACAUUGUAGAGGAUCAGGUCUUUCCCACUGAGUCUUACCUAACAGACCAUAAACCGACUGGGAUGAGUCCGAGCGAAUGGGUUGCUCUUUGAUGUUUGUGGUCCGAGAGUAUGUUGUCAUCUGAUGUCCUGCAGUCUGUAAUCCAAUCAGGGAUAGAGAGAGAGAGUUAUCCAUGUUAAUCCCACAUGCAGAGAGAGAGAGAGAGGCAGAAAGAGGAACCUAGGAUAUUGUGGGUCAUCAACAUAGACAGAAACAUUUGAAGGACAGCAGUAAUCUCUGAAGGCGACACCACCACACAGUUUUAUGCUGCCCGCCAGGGUCCUGAAUCCUCGUUGUCAGGGAUACCUCUCUAUGGAAACGCAGUCCCAAAGGCAGGGGAGGGCUUUGGGAGAGAGGAGACCCUUACCGUGAUGGAGCACUAAGUGGAGUAGAGAUAGAAGAUGAAGAGGUUGUAGUAGCAGCAAGUCAAGAGUGGAGGUCACCUGUGGAGGAAACAGUGGAGUUGGAAUUAACAGAAGGGAAGAGGUAGAAGAACCUGGAUGAAGUGAGAGUUAACUUGUCAGGAUGGGCUAUGAUCUUGAGAGGUUUGUGGGCUAUGUGAACGAGGGUCUGCUGUGCUGUGUGUGUCGAGACGUGUUGGAGCGUCCCCUCCAGGCGCCCUGUGAACAUGCCUACUGCAGCGCAUGCAUCAGCAGCUGGCUGGUCCAUCAUCACUCCUGUCCAGAGGACAGACUGCCACUGGAUGUGGGCAGUCUGAAACCCUUGUACAGGUACAUGCGUAAUGACCUGAACCGUCUGCAGAUCCGAUGUGUAAACGCAGCCCAGGGGUGUGAGGCACUCUGCUCCCUGGAGAGCCUGCACACACAUGAGGAUGAGUGCGAGUUUGCCUUCAUAUCCUGCUCAAACACGGGUUGUCCUGUGCAGGUGGAGAGACGGGGUUUGGAGGCUCACUUGUCAGAAUGUAACUUCAGCAGCAGAGAGUGUCCAAACGGCUGUGGCCAUACACUUCUCUCCACAGAUCAAUCACAACAUAACUGUGUGGCAGAGCUGCGCACGGAAGUGGAGAUGCUCAGAGCUGAGAUGCUGUGCAAGUUGGAGGAGGUGAGGCGAGAGAUGGAGUCUCGGUUGGACUCGCAGAGGAGACACAUGGUGCAGAAAGAGUCGCAGCUGAAGAACGAGGUGGAGGAGCUCAAGGGUCAGUUGUCACGUGUGAUGUGUGAAAUGCGAGCCCUGUUGGGGGCUGAGCGACUGAGGAGACAGGAGCUGGCAGAAGCAGAGCUGGAGAAGAGGGAACUGUUGGAGCUCCUCAGAGACCUGCAGCAGACUAAGAGUCUGCAUCCUGUGGACCAGACGGACGCAGACCGGCAUCAGGGAGCGCAAAACACAUCCGGCUGGGAGCCAAACACCAAGCCGACAAGACACCAGCAGAGGGAGUCGUCCUUACAUGCCUCUAGUCCGUCUCUACAUUCAGCUCAGGCUUUAAAUGCGUCAGGUCCACCUCCAUCGCCGCAGCUGGGUGAGGGGGGGCGCAAGGGUGGUACCCGGAGUCUGACUCUGGACUGCAUCAAGAGGAAGAGCCGGGAGGUGACUGUAAUCUGAGGAGACUGGACUGACAGGAUAUUAGCCAGAUCAGAAAAUAUUUUCUUUUUUUCUAUUAAUAUUUGGCAGCAAUUUCCAACACAGGUUUAGUCAUCAAUCUAAGGAGUACGGUGUAUGUACUGAAACUUAAGUAGUUUCUGGCAUGGUGACUUUUAGGAUUUUUGUCAUUACAUGUGAGUGUAGAUUAGUUCAAAUCGAAAGAGAAGGUUUUGCGGUGAACUGAAACAUAUGUUGCAUUUCAGGGCAGGUCUUUGUGUAAAUCUUUGUCUCAACUGGGAAAGUAGUGGAAGUUCAAACGACCAGACAGUCAUGUAUUUUGUAAACCCAUGCUCAGCCCACACCAAUCAUGUUUGCAAACAGACCAUUAUGUAAUAACCCUUGGAUUUUGUAUUCGUCAGGUUUUGGUAGAAAACUUUUACUUUUCUUGAUCUCAGGAUUAAAUUAUUCCUAUUUUUCUCGUUACUGAUCCCCCAAAGCUGCAUUUUCUGUGUUGAAAAGUUGGCAUUCCCAAGACUUAUUUAUGAUCCAAGUCUAAGUUCACCUAAAAUGUUAAGAGCUCUUUUGUUAUAUUGUUCAGUUUAAGGUUUGUUUUUUGACUACACGUAUCAUUAACAUCAU